AUGGAUAAGAUUGCCCCUGGAAUAGCCUCCGGAGUAGUUGUAAAACUUUUUGAUUUAACAAUUUUAUCGAUUGGUUGGCAACUGGGUUAUAUACUCUACUACAAAAAAAAUUAUCAGAAACUGCAGACCAAAUUGGAGGAUAUAAGUGCUGCUAGGGAGGAAGUUCAACAUCAGAUGGAUCAAAUUGAGUCUGCAGGGGGUGAAAGAAUUGAGACAACUGUUCUAAUCUGGAAGAGAAGAGCGGAUGAAAUCAUCACAAGGGUAGAGGAGUUCAUGAAGGAUGGCCGCCAUGCACAUACCGUGUGUUUUCAUGGUCUUUUUCUUCAUCCGGUGCUUCGUUAUCAGCUAAGUAAGAAGUCAAAGAAGCUUGUCAAGGAGAUUGAUGAACUUCAUGGAAAGAAGCAGUUCUCGAGCUUGUCAUAUAAAGUUCCCCUACUAGAUACGUAUCUCUUAUCUACCGGGCAUUACUAUGAAUUUGAUUCGAGAAAUGAUACUGUGUUGAAAGUGAUGAAUGAACUGAGAAACCCUGAUGCAGAAAUGAUUCUGGUGUGGGGAAUCGGGGGAGUAGGCAAGACCACACUCGUGGAAGAAGUUCUUAGGCAUGCUAUGAAUGAGAACUUAUUUGAUGAUGUGGUCAUGGUGAGAGAUGUUAAAGAGAACCCAGACCUUGUAAAAAUCCAAAAAGAAAUUGCCAAAAAGUUAUGUCUGUGUAUUGAUGAGAAGGAUACUCUUGCUGAAAGAGCACCCAAACUAUGUGAUAGGAUAAAAUGCAGUAGGAUUCUCAUAGCUUUAGAUGAUGUUUGGGAAGAAAUUAACCUCAUGGCUAUCGGUCUUCCUCGCUUGGUGAAUUGUAAAGUAUUGUUGACAAGUAGAAGCCGAAAGAAAUUGUCAUUGGAUAUGCGCACACAAGUAGAUAUUCCGCUUGAUGUUUUGAAUGAAGACGAAGCAUGGGAAUUAUUUGAGAAGAUGGCUGGUGAUGUUGUCAAAGAUAGCAGCAUACGAAGUGUGGCAAUUGAAGUAGCCAAGAAUUGUGGAAGGUUGCCAAUUUUGAUCGUCACAGUUGCAAGAGCAAUGAAAGACAGAAACAAGCUGAGUACAUGGAAAGACACCAGGAGACGCCUCGGAGGGUUUGACAAAAAAGAACUAAAGGAAAAGGCAUAUUUGGCUCUGGAAUGGAGUUACAAUCAAUUGGAAGAUAAAGAGCUCAGGCCGUUGUUCUUGCUUUGUGGGAUUCUUGUAGUUCAAAACCAUAUUUCUUUAACAGACCUGUUGAACUAUGGAUUUGGUUUGGGUUUGUUUAAAAAUGUUGAUACAAUUGACGAAGCACGAGAUGCACUGAAUGCACUGGUUGAAAAGCUUAGAGAUUCUUGCUUGUUGCUGGACAGUGAUAAGAACACGCAUGUUAGAAUGCAUGAUCUUGUAUGCGAGGUUGCUGUGUGGAUUGCGCCCAAAGAACAACAAGUCUUAUCAGUUGAAUAUGGAGGUGAACUGAAAGUUUGGCCUGAUAAAGAGUUCUUUAGAAUGUGCAGUAAGGUGUCUUUAAAAUCAAGCAACAUUCCCAUGCUUUCUCUAAUACCUCCAGGGGAGCGCCAGAGGCUAGAAAUGUUCUAUUUGUACAGGGAAGAUGUUGCAUCAAUGGAAAUACCAUCCAUUUUCUUCUGUCAAAUGGAGAAGUUGAGAGUGUUGGGUUUCACUAAUGUGUCUUUGCUGCAACUUCCCUCUUCUGUAGAGUUCUUGAUGAGUCUUCGAACCUUGUGCUUGGAGAAUUGCAAGUUGAAGGAUAUAAGUCGAGUGGGGCAGAUAACUAACUUGGAGGUUCUGAGUCUUGUGGCAUCCAGUUUUGAACUGCUGCCCAAGGAGAUAGGAGAAUUAUUGCAUUUAAGAUGGUUAGAUUUGACCGAUUGUUUCACAUUGAGAAUCAUUUCACCCAAUGUCUUGAGAAGAUUGGAAAAACUUGAAGAACUCAGAAUGAGAAAUGUAUUCAGUAUUUGGGAAGCUGAAAGGACUGAUGGUAUAUGUGAGCUGAAAGAUUGUUCCAACCUUCGUGCAUUAGAAAUUCAUAUACCAGAACCAAGUAUCCUCCCAUUGAACCUGGUGACAUUCAACAUACGAAUUGGAGAUAUUUUGAACUGGACGUAUAUGCCUCCACCAACGAGGAAUACUCUAAGAUUGGAGCUUAGUGAUGAUGUGAACCAAGGUGUUAUAGGGUUGCUGAGAAGAGUUGAAAUAUUGUUUUUGAAAGGCCAAAGUGUACUGAUUAUACUGUCUUUGACUGUUGAAGGAUUCUUGCAACUGAUAUUCCUCUCUAUUUCCGAUGUGAAUUUCACAUAUUUCAUUGAUAGGAAGAUUGUGUUUCCAAACUUGACAACAAUGCACGUCUAUGGCUGCCAUCAACUGCGAUAUUUGUUAUCAUUGUCGAUGGCUAGAAGCCUGGUCCACCUCAAGGAACUCAGGAUUACAGCAUGUGAAAGGUUGGAAGAAAUUGUUACAAUAAGCGAUCAAGCCCCCAGUGGAGAAACUACCAACAUCUUAUUCGGUAACCUUGUGACCCUUGAAUUGAUACAACUCUCAAAUCUCUUGAGAUUCUGUACCGAAAGUUCCCUUGAACAGGAAGGCGAGAGUGAGGGUGCUGGACAAGCAUGUCUUUUUAGUACACAGGUAAAAUUUCCGAGGUUGGAGAGUUUGCUGAUCAGUGAGCUAGACAAGUUGCAGAUACUGUGGAAUAAUGAGCUUUAUGAUCAAACUACAUUUUGCAGGCUCAAAAUUUUUUAUGUUGGAUCAUGUGCUGGUCUAGUCAGUAUCUUUGUUCCCCUUAUGAUGAGUAGAUUGGAUGCUUUGGAAACAUUAGCGAUACAAGACUGCAACUCAGUAGAAGUCAUAUUUGAAGUUGGAGAGAUAAUUUUUGGUGACCCGGAAACAGAGCUAGUGUUCCCAGAAGUAACAUCGAUAAGAUUUUUCAAUAUGCCAAACUUGUGUAGAUUAGAUCCAGGACUGCGUGCUUCUAGGUGGCCAUUACUCGAAAAGCUGAAUGUUAGUAAGUGUGAUAAGGUGAAGUUGUUAGCCGCAGAGAUUCUGGUAUCUCCAGAGAAUCAUGUUAUCAGCCCUCGAACUAAAGAUGCUCUAUUUCUUAUUUACAAGGAUUCAUUUCCCAACUUGGAACUGUUAGCGUUGGACGCCUCUGAGAUAUUCUAUGGUGCAUCAUCCCCUGCACACAUCUUUAGGAAAUUAGAACAUGUUGUGUAUCAGUUCUGGUCUCCUUUCUCCCAGCAAGACACAACAGAGUUCUUACAGAAACUACAUAAGCUUGUUACGCUUGAAGUGUGUGAUAAUGAUUGCACGGAGAUAUUUGUCAACGAAGCCAUUAAUGGUGAGGAGAUUCAAGCAGUUCAGACCCUCUCAGGUGUAAAAAGUUUGUCAUUCAAUGAUAUGCCCGUGCUCUUGCAAUUAGGAAAUGGAACAGUGGACCCAAUUUUCACAAACUUGGAGUCUCUAGUUUUGCUUUCCUGUGAGAGUUUGAGGAGUCUCUACUCAUCCGCCAUAUCCUUCCACAAUCUAACAGUUUUGACAGUCUCUGGUUGUGGCAGUUUGGUGUGCAUGAUGAGUUAUUCCAUGGCUAAGAGCUUAGUUCAACUGACAAGAUUGGAUGUGUCAGAUUGUGUUGCACUGCAAGUGAUCAUAGAGGCAAACGACGAAGGAAAAGGUGAUGUUGUUUUCAGCCGCUUGCAAUAUUGUGAACUUUCAUUAUUACCGAGACUACAAGGGUUUUGUUCAGCAAAUUGCAUAGUCAGACUCCCAUCCUCCACAGUCCUGGAAGUUGGUCGGGAAUGCCCAAUUCAGUUGAAGAUUUCUCCUAACGGGGUCUUGGUUUGUGAUCCAAAAGCAGAAGAGUAA